AUGGCACUGUUAGGAGGUAAUCCUUCAACGCAGGGAAUCAAGCUUGAUUUGAAGACAACAACCAGUGUUUUUGAGCCAGGAAAUUUGAGUGUGAGUUGCAUUCGAGUGGAGACUUCAAACAUCGCUUCCCCUCCCAAGCCAUUGUUGAUUGUUAUUACACCAACCAUUCAAGGGACAUACCCAGUACUCUUGUUUCUUCAUGGCUUCGAGCUCCGCAACACCUUCUACACUCAGCUCCUUCAACUCAUUUCUUCCCAUGGAUUCAUAGUGGUGGCUCCUCAGUUAUACGGACUAUUACCUCCUUCUGGAAUUCAAGAGAUCGAAUCAGCAGCAGCAGUCACAAAUUGGCUAUCCUCAGGCCUUCAAUCUGUGCUCCCAGAAAAUGUGAAACCAGACCUACUCAAGCUUGCUCUUUCAGGCCACAGCAGAGGGGGAAAGACAGCAUUUGCUCUGGCACUAGGGUAUGCUGAUACAUCCCUCAACUUCUCAGCCCUACUAGGACUAGACCCUGUUGGUGGAUCGAGUAAAUGUUGCCAAACAGAUCCCAAAAUCCUAACCUAUGUUCCUCAUUGCUUCAAUCUAGCAAUCCCAGUUUGUGUAAUCGGCACUGGGUUGGGCGAUGAGCCAAUGAACCACCUACGUCCAUGUGCCCCAGAUGGAGUGAACCAUGUAGAGUUUGUCAGUGAGUGUAAACCUCCUUGUUCCCACUUUGUGACUACUGAAUAUGGUCACUUGGACAUGUUAGAUGAUCAUCUUUCAGGCUUCAUUGGGGCGAUUUCGGGUUAUAUCUGCAAGAGUGGGAAGGGUCCUAGGGACCCCAUGAGGAGAUGUGUGGGUGGCCUUUUUGUUGCAUUCUUGAAGGCUUAUUUGAAAGGUCAGAGUGGAGAUUUCAAAGCCGUUGUUGAUGCACCUGAUCUGGCUCCUGUGAAGCUUGAUCCUGUUGAGUUCAUAGAAGCAUGA